UGAAAAGUUCUAGUUAAAAUGCAUGUAAACUAGUGGUUUUCCAUCAUAAUUUAGGAGUAACAUAUAUGAUCAUUUGAGCCUCUAGAUUGACUUUGACUUUUAAAUUUACAACAUGAGACUGCUGCUAUUGUGCAACAAUAACAAUAGAGUCAGCUGGAGCUAAUUAUGUUCCUGAUUCUACACGUGGAGCCUCAGUUUGAUGCUAGAACAGCAGGGAAAGGACGCGCCAUUAUCUCCCUUGGUUUUUAUAAUUUACUGUUUUCAUUUGUCCGCACACACACACACACACACACACACACACACACACACACACACACACAGUCCCUCCUUCAUGUUUUGUCAGGAAUGUUCAUGUGUGUGUUGUAUUGAUAACGCGGGUGUGUGUUUGCUGUGUGACAUGUGAGUGGACCGAUAUGGAGUAAACCAGCGCCGGGAAUGGAAACACGCUGAGGGAAGAAGAUUGUCAUGGCGGACCCAGAGGUGUCAACACAGAGUGGGGGCUAUGACGUGGAGCUGUUUGUGGAAACUCCAGACUACGAUCUGAUCUGCACCAUCUGCCAGGGGGUCCUCAGGUGUCCAGUUAGAGCUGCAUGCCACCACAUCUUCUGCAAGAAAUGUAUCUUACAGUGGCUGAAGAGACAGGAGACCUGCCCCUGCUGCAGGAAGCCUCUUAACCCCAGUUUGAUCUUUGUCAUGUUCAAGCUGAGCAAAUCAAUUGGACGCAUGAAGAUCAAGUGUAAGAAUGAGAUCCGUGGCUGUGCGGAGACCUUCUCCCUGUCGGAGCAGUACGGCCACAGCCUGAGCUGCCUCUACGAGCUCAUCCCGUGUCCCUACCAGGGCUGCCGGGCGCAGCUCCUCCGUAGGGACCUGGACACCCACGCUCGCCACUGCGAACACUGGCGCCAGCCCUGCCACAUGGGCUGCGGCACCAUCCUGUCCCACCGCACCCAGGCUCAACACAACUGCUACAAGCAGCUGAGGCAGGAGUACGAGGCCCGGCAGAGGAACCACAGGGCCAUCGCCACCGCCCUGCAGAGGAAGAUGAGGCGCAUGCAGAGCACCAUGGCCCACAUGAAGAGGCAGAUCGGCCUGAUCUGUGAGAGCCUGGAGGUGAUGGACGACCUCAACGAGGUGGAGGAGGAGGACUUCGGGGAGAGCAGCGGCAGCUCCAGUGGGACUCCCAGUGGAAACAGCAGCAACUGCUGAAACAGGAAGUCAGUGGUUCCAGCUGCAGUGUAUAGUUUCUGCAUGUUUUAAUUCUUUCUGAAGGUGUGCGUUUUUAAAAUAUGUAGGUGUAUCAUUAAAAAGAGUGACUAUGUAAAAAAAAUUUUUUAAAAGUGCUGUAGUUUUAUCUAUUUUGUAAAUAAAGUAUUUAACCCUU